AUACAGUUACAGAAACCCGAUGUUGAGGACACAGUCAGAACCCUCACUAACAGCACAGAUUGCUGCACACAGCGCCAGAGCUGUGCCCCGGGCGGUUACGCCAGCUGUAACGCCCCAGAGUCGGACAGACAGACAGAGACUCUGCCGGCACGUACCAGAAGUGCCACGGACUCAGACGUCCUACGUUGUAAGCCCCAGACUUGGCACUACACCGAUAUACGUAAUAUCUACACAGUGUUGUGCUGCGUUAUCCUUCAGGAAAAGGACUAGCUAGGAGAUGUCAGGCCAUCAUUUCCGCAACACCGUCGCGGACUUUGGGCUGUCCAAGCUCCUGAACGACAAUGCCAAGCACGUAUUGUCGGACCAGUUCGGCACUGUGGCAUACUCUAGCCCCGAGGCCAUCAACGGCAACCACAGCAAGGCCUCUGAUGUGUGGGCGUUCGGCGUAAUGCUGUGGGAGCUGAUCACGUUGGAGCGGCCCUACAGCAAGCUGUCUGUCCCGCAAAUCAUGGCAGGCAUGAUGCUCAACACACUGCACCUGGAGUGGCCGCGGCACCUGUGGCCGGGGCUGUGCGCAAUAGGCGAGCGCUGCGUGGCGCCGGACCCCGCCGCCCGGCCCAGCUUUGCGCAGCUUGAGGAGGAGCUGGUGGUGCUGGAGGAGGCCAUGCGGGAGGAGAGCCGCCGCCGCAUUUUGCUGGAGCGGGCAGCGGCCAGCACUACAGCCAGCACCACGGCCAGCACCACGGCCAGCACCAGCAGCAAGGCCGUGGCCGCCGCUGACUGCCGGGCGCAAGAAGUCACUGCGGCUGCAGCGCCGUGCUCGCCUUUUGGAGCGGCGGUGGCGCCGCAAACUGCUGAUUUCAUGACAGAUGCAGGCGCGAGCAUUGCGGAGGCCCAACCCUGAUGAGCGCAUUGCGUGCAUAUGCAGUCGGCAUGUCGUGGUCUUAGUGAUUCAUGCUACCUGAACUCUUAUCUGCUAUCUGCUUGAUUGUGCUUGCCUGCCUGUGGGAACACUCGAGUCAUGAGUGUGUCAGUAAGAGUGGGUGUUAUUGUAGGAUAAACGGGCAUUGCUGAGAACUCAUGUGUAGGUACAUUCAAGUGCACAACUGGGGUGCUUUCAGUGUUGUACAUGGGAAAGGAUGCAUUGCUCAAAAUAUAUGUACUGCGACUGCUGCUGGUCUAUCUAGGGUCCUAUCGUGCCUAACCCACGAAUGAAUUCAAUAAUAUGCGCCAAAACCGUUGUUUGGUAGGCGCGGUGUCAGUUGCUGGUAGCUGGUAGCGUCUUCGUACAUGCGGCGUCUGCAGUGUCUACCUUCGUGCAAUGAAGCCCCUGCUCAGUACUGAGCACCAAGGUACCGCUACAGGGCAAUCUAUAAUCACAUCCCGUGAUUGAUCGUAAUUCUUCUUGUGGAUGGGCCGUGGGCCUGCGACUGAGGCGCAUCGUCUCGUAUCUUCCAUCUACGUGAAAACAUUUGCCCCACGCCUAAGGCAGGGAAAUGUUUUGGGGAUUUGGGGCCGCACUUCUAUAGUGUAGACAUGUUGACGCAGAGUUGGCGGUACAUGAAGACUUUUGCUUGCCCCUAGGGAGAAUGUUCUGGGCGUAAUGCCGCAGGAGGGUUAAUACCGCUCUGUAAACGCCGCACGCCUGGGGGCAUCUACAAGAUAUGAAUGCAGAUGUUACAGAUGGGACAGUCACACGGGGGACACGCGCGGUUAAGGGUACCCCCCAACUUUAAGACCCUAGGCAGGGGUGCUAUGCCAUUCGUUACACGCUGGGAUUUCGGCAGUCCCCGCAUGGAUCCUCGCUUCUUAGCAGCACUGCUCGCUUCCAAUAAUGCAACAUCUUUGAGAUUAUUCAACUUUUAAAGUUUAAUAAAGUUGACGCAGCGAAAAGACAGUUGAGCUGAAGAGGGUCAGUUGCGGAAAUUUCGCUUAAAUGUCGCGCGGCCUUCGGCCGCGCGUGUAAGCAAAGACCCCAUACCCCAUGCAGCUAAUUAGAGAGCACAAUGUGCCCCCAUAAUUUGCGCAAAUUGCCCAGUGCCGUUGUUUUCCAUUAACUAUGGGAGGGGCCGGGGGCGUAGCCCCCGGGAAAAAAUUUGGAAAUCCCUGGCACAAAACGCUUGAUUUUUGACGUUGGUAAGGAGGGCACGGCGUGCUCCUCCGGGGUCACAACUGCUGGGGGCAGCCGUGGGCAAGACACGCGGUCAGGUAGCCCGGCCCUGCCCGGCCUGCCAUGCUUCUACUGGCUGGGCGCGGGCGCUACACCUCCUCUGCCUCGGACACUCAUGUGUGGCCCUAUCGGGCAAGGAUAGCAGUGUUGGGCCGGACAGAUACGUCUCCUGCAGCGUGAUAAAGGUGGCUGCUGGUCGCCGCCACACCACACCGCUGGACCCCUUGCCCUCGC